CGCCGCCGGACGCCGACACGCGAUAGAUGGACGAGCACGUGUACGAGCAGCUGCUGCGGGCUGUCGACGUCUGCCACGCGACCGGGAGCCUCAAGGCCGAGCGCGACGCGGCCUACGCCUACUGCGAGCAGUUUCAGCAGACGCCCAACUGCGUCAGCUACGCCUUCUACCUCCUCCAGCAGCGUGGGCAUGCCAGCCACCACCGCCACUUUGCGCUGCAUGUCGUCGAGAACUAUAUCCGCGUCCACUGGAAGAAUUGCUCGGCCGACGAGACGGUGCAGUACCGGUCGACGCUGCUCAACAUUGUGGCGUCGCAUGUCGCCGCCGACGAGCCGUCGUUCAUCAAGGAGAAGCUGGUCAAGGUGCUCGCCGACAUUGCCAAGCGCCAGUUCCCGCAGCGCUGGCCCGACCUCCUCGAGCAGCUCCUGUCGCUCUGGUCCAUGGGCCCAAUCCAAGCCGAAAUCGUCAUGCUCCUCUUUCGGUCGAUUGCAGAAGACUGUGUGAGCUCGAGCUUCAACAGCACGAUCCCGCCGAUUCGGCGCAAGGACAUUCUCCAGGGCCUCAACGCGUGCUUCCCGACGCUCUUCCCGCUCGUGUACCAGCAGCUCGAGAUGCAGUAUGCGCAGCUGCAGUCGCCCUCGGCCGACCACAAGACUGCCAACGCCGUCAUCUUGGCCGCGCUCCAAAUGAUGAAGGAGUUCCUCGACUGGAUGCCCGUGAAUACGCCCGCGUCCCCCGACACCAACUUUAUCGCGGUCGCAAGCCUCCUCUUGCAGUCGCCGGCGCUGCAGCACAGCAUCCGCAUCGCGGCCGCCGAGUGCUUGGAAGUCUACUUCUCGCGUACCUUUGGGAAAGACCACUUGGCGCUCGUGGUGGCCACGACGCAGACGUGCUGGUCGGCAUUAGCGCAGAUCUCGGUCGCCGACGUAAACGACAGCGACGACUUGAACUUGCACUUGCACGUGAACCGCGUGCUCGUGAGCUGGGGCACGCACCAGCUCGAGCUGCUCGUGGCCGAGCUCCCAGCCUCGCACGACGUGCUGCUUCCGUUUGUGGAGCUCCUUUUGCGUUUCUUCCAGCACCCGUCGCUCACCGUCACAGAGGCUCAAGUCAUCGUGUGGCUCAACCUCCUCAAGCAGAAGAAGGUCGUGAGCAGCCUCUUGGUGCCCCACAACGUCUUGCCCGCGCUCUGGCGUACCUCGAUGGACAAGUACUUUAAGCUCCACUCGCCCGACCGCGACGACGCACACCCUGUGAGCGCCCUCGAGUUUGACGACAACGACGCGUACGUGGCCUUCUACAGCAAUUUCCGCGGCCGCCUCUACGGCAUUCUGCGGCUCCUUUUGCAGCUGCAGCCCGGCGUCGGCUUGCAACUGCUCUACGAGCGGCUGCAGUACGUCUUGUCGGCGCACGCGCGGGGGACGGAUGCGCUCGACGAGCAUGGACACUGCACCGACAGCAGCACGGCGCAUUUGUACCACGAAGGACUCGUCGCGCUCAUCGACUGUAUCAUGAAGUCGCUGCCCGAGUCGGCGCUGAACGAGGCAAGCCACUUGGCGACGCUGAGCGCGACGGUCGAAGCGCUCUUAGCGUACGAGACGCCGGACCCAUGGCUGCUCUUUCGCCACUGCCUCGCGCUGUCGCUGUUUGCCAAGUACUACAUGCGCGCGCCGGGCUUAUACCCGCGCGUGUUUGAGCGCCUCUUUGGCCUCAUUGUGUUUGCGCAGCCGGGCGAGACGAUUUUGACGACCAUGGACCCGACGACCAUGAACGUCCGUCGGCGCGCGCUGGCGUCCUUGAUCUCGAUCUGCCACGCGUCACCGUCGCAUGUCCUGCCGUUCCUCCCCAUCCUCUGCAACCAGGUCAUUGGUCUCUUCCCGGUCGUGCUCGACAGCGAGAGCGUCCUCUUGUACGAGAUGCUCGUCCUGGUUUCCAACUCGCUGCCGACGGCCGACGAGCGCACGUUGUUCAUUGGCCAAAUCACCGCCGAGCCAUUGGCGUCGUGGACGUCCCCGGCCAUGACGGCGCUCGUCGCGUCGCCGUCGUCACUGGUCGCGGCCAUGACGGCCAAGGACGACGCACUUGUCUUUGGCUUGGUCAAGGUGCUCACGACGUUGUAUGGCAUUGCCCGUCGGAUCGUUCAUGGGGAGAGCGUGCACCCAUUCGCGAGCGUUUGGCCGGUCUUGCUGCCCAACUUGCUGUCGCUCUUGCGGACGCUGCAGACGCUGCCCGUCGAGCAACACACGCUGUUUGCAGCAUCCGACAAUUCGGACGUGCGCGGCGUGCUCUGCAUGUCCCAAGAAGAGGUCGUCCAGGCGCUCGUCGGGAAGGAGCAGGUGCCCGCGCUGCAGCCCGACCUCCUCAAGUAUGCGCGCUGGGCCAAGAACGUGCGCGACAUUGGCUACCACCUCGUCGGGUGCGCGCUCUCGCUGCCCAGCUUUUACGCACUUGUCGACAUUCCGUCGCUUGCCAGCAUGCUCGACCAGGCCGUGCUCGUGCAUAUGGAAACGAUGGAGCACCGGCAUUGGAAGUCGUUCCUCGCGAGCGUGUGGCUGCCGUUUGUCAAGGGCUGCCCCGAGACGCACCUCGCGCCGCUUCUCGAGCCGCGGCUCCAGCGUGUGCUACUGCACUUGUCGUCGCGGCUCGCGCCGGUCUGGGCCGGGUCGCCGUCGCCAACAGCGCAUUUGCCGAUGCUCAUCGGUCUCGACAUGCAAGCCACGACCAUCGACACAGUGCAGAACGCUGUCGUGCUCGAGGUUGUCCGCCACACUGUCGACUUGAUCGAAGCGCUCGUGGAUGCCAAGACAGUCGUCGAUGUCGACUCGGACCACCCCAAGCACAUCAUGAUGGAGAAGGACCGCGUCCGGCGCGACUUUGUACUGGCAUCGCCGGCGCUCACGCAUGCGCUCACGUCGCUCCUGCUGGGCGUGCUCAUGUGGCGUGACACGCUGAGCGCGCGGCGCAGUGCCAUCUUGUUGGACCGUCUCGUGAGUCUUUUGUUUGGCCGCCUGGACCUUGGUGGUUUGCUCGGAAAGGACGUGUUUACGGCGGCGCUCACGGCGCUCUUGGCGCAUUUUUACGACGUCGACGACGGCCUCAAGUGGGAGCUCGUCAACUUGCUGCGGAACAUCUACUGCCGCUUGACGCUCGGUCUUCUCCCGGUCGACGAGUGCAAGGGCAUCGACCCGGUCAACCAACCCCGGAAACGCGACGAAGACAUCAACCCGUGGCCGCGCCAGCUCCUCCUCGGCCUUGCCACCGUCGAGACAGGUCAUGUCGUGGAGCUCGAGGCCGCGCUGCGGCAACAGCCGAGCUUGAAGGCCCAGAAGAACCUCAUGAAAGAGUUCCUCGAGACGCCGUUCCUGGCGUACCGCGAUGCGCCGCAUACGUUCAAGGCCAUCGACGACCUGCCAGAGGCGCUUGUGUUGCCGACCAAGGCCAAGGAAGCGCAUGACCAGCACGACGACGGCGUCGGCCUCCUCUUCCAGCGUUGAGCCACGUAUUUAACUCUGCCGUAAUCCAACGCACUACCGAGGA